AUGUCUGGCAUGUCCGCGUUGUGGAAUAGCCUGGGUAUUGGCGCCAGUAUAUCUGCCGCCAGAACCGAGCGCCAAAAAGCGGCCCUUCAGGCUGAUCUGAAGUACCUGUACUCUGCCUUCACCAAGAUUCCUUGCUUGCGACUAGCUCCGGACUGGCGAGCGCGUUUGAUCAGCGGAUACGAGGAGUUCCCUUUCGACUCCGCCGUGCCGAUUUACGUCUUCAAGAACUUGCAAGCUCUUGAAAUCAACAGCAUUGACUUUCGUCAAUUCUUUGGUUGGGACCGUCUUGCAGACCAACUACGGUCUCUUAGCCUGAGGCACGCCGGCAUUGAGGACCCAGCAGACAUUUUGAUAGACAUUGUAUUGGAUGAUAUGGACAAGAGGCGUCGUCGCACUUCCAAGUCACAAUCAUCGCCAACCACGACUUGGGCUGUCGGCACCAAUAGCCCUCGACGAAGCCCCACCAUGCCUCCGGAGCUUGUUAGAGCCGCAUCUGCUCCAGGAUCACCUGAGCACAGAACCCUCCUCGCUGAGCUUCGCCGUGGAUCAAUGACACCGAGCGAGCCGGUUUUGGAGGACAGUGAGAGCUCGGAUACCGCUAGGCCCUCGAUCUCCCGUGAUGAUACUGAUGACGUCCCUCGCUCCCCUUGUAAAGUUCCUCGGCCUCGAAGCAUUUCUCCUUCUCGCCCUGCAAGUUCAAGAAACCACUCUACUCAAGUAAGAUCGUCUCAACAGCGUAUCAAACGCUCCGGAUCAGGCAGUUCUCAUUCGAGCCUCUCCGAAUCUUGGCAUCAUCAUGCAAGGGGCAGUUCGAGCAACCUCUUGGCUAUGGGGAUCUUGCCAGCGUCUAAAUGGCGCUUUCUUCGACACCUUAGCCUCGCUGACAAUGCCAUGACAUCGAUCCCCCCUUCUAGCUUGGCUCCUCUUUCAAACACCCUUUACUCUCUCGACUUGUCGUCUAAUCUUUUCAGCCAAAUUCCUGACAGCUUGGCCUCUCUCACCGCUUUACGUGCGCUGAACCUUUCCCACUGCAUGAUCGACUCACUCCAAUCCCUUACUCGCAAUCCACUCCCUGCUAUCACGGCCCUUAACCUUAGGGCGAAUCGACUACAGUCUUUAGCAGGAGUUGAGAAGUUAUACCCACUGGAACGGCUUGACCUCCGAGACAAUCGUCUUUCUGAUCCACUAGAGCUUGCAAGACUGACUGGCAUACCUGACAUUCGAGAAAUUUGGCUCGAUGGUAACCCCUUCACCAGAACUCACAAGGAUUACCGAGUAACUAUAUUCAACAUCUUCCGAUCUGCUCCAGGCUGUACAGAGGAUAUUAUCAUCGACGGUUACGGACCGAGCUACUCUGAAAAGCGUCUAUUGAUAGAGCGUGCCCCUAUUCCCGACUCGGUACCGGUAGUCAAGCCUAUGGCCUCAGACUCACCUGCUGUUGUCGAUGUUAGCAAACCUACCAUUGUCUACAACUUGCCCAAGGAGGCUUCUGUUCUGCGCCAAGAGCGCCCGGUGGCCAAAGCAGUCACUAGUGAAGUCAACAUCAACUCUUCCCGGCGUCGGAAAGUAUCAAAGAGACGCAUAGUUGAUCUUGCAACUGGUGAUAGCGGGUCAACGACUACGCCGACGGAAUCAUUGACGGAGGAUUCCGUGGCAGUAACCGAGAUUGAGGCCGGGAACUACCGCAUUACCAGGCAGCCUGAUAAAUCCUUGCUUCCGCCCGUCAUAUUGACGGACAGCGGGAAGACGUUACUUCCUUCUGCUUCUUCUGUGGCUCGGGCUACUGGUGCUUCGGGCAGCACCAACAAGCCACUUCCCCCCACACCAUCUUCGUAUGACUCGAAUAGUACUACAAAUGAGCCAAGAGCAUCUGAAGACUGGGAUGCGGGUGGUGAGAUGUAUCGCCGAAGAAUUGAAGCCCUUCGCGAUAGGGUUGGUAGCGGCUAUCUCAGUGUCUUGAGCGAAGAGAGCUGGGAUGGCACCAACAAUCCAUUCCUGUCGUCUGGCGUUCCAUCUGUUGCAACUUUACGGACGGGACAUGUGUCUCACCACGUGUCUCAAGCUCAACCAAUCCACAGCGGCCGCACGAUGGGCUGA